GGCAAAAGUAGAGUACUUUGUACCGUUAACGGCCCUGCCGAAGUUAAAUUACGAGACGAAAAAUUGGAUAAGGCCACCAUUGAUGUAGUAGUUAGACCUCUAGUUGGUGCUCCAGGAACAAAGGAUAAAACUCAUGAAUAUAUUUUACGUUCAACAUUUGAGAGUAUCGUUCAAUCAGGUCUACAUCCAAGAACACAAAUUCAAAUUGUUUCACAAGUGAUGGUGGAUGAUGGAAGUAUAAUUGCAGCUGCAAUAAAUGCAACUACAAUGGCUUUAAUAGAUGCAGGAAUCCCGAUGAAAGAUAUUGUUGCAGCAGUUUCUUGUGUUAUAAAUAAAGAUGAUCAAAUAUUAUUAGAUCCAACACUACAAGAAAUGGAAAAUAUUAAAUCUGUUCAUACUUUUGCAUUUAAUAAAACAACUUCAUCUCUUUUAUUUUGUGAAUCUUUGGGAUUAUUUACCGAUGAUCAAUAUUUUAAUUGUUAUGAGUUAUGUAAUGCGGCAGCCGGUGUUAUAUUUGAUAAGAUGCGUGAAUUUAUAACAAAUAAAUUAAAAGAAGAGUAUCAAAUUGAAUCAUGA